AUGGAUGACGUCGAUCAUAGUAAUGAAGAUGGGGAUGGUAAACGAUCUGUGGUCAUUGAAGAGGAUUUAGCUGCGGUACCUAACAAACGAUUAAAGGAAGAGAAGGAAAAGUCUCCGUAUGCUGAGGUUUCGAAACAUGAAAAAUCAUUAUGCGGAGCAGAAAUUUCCAAAGCUCGACAACGUUGGAAUUUACUUUCUUAUCACCUACGAUGCAUCAGAAAACAAGCUAGUGAUGCUACAGCUGAUAUGGAAGCGAUGUUUGUUGUUUUUGAAGUUUUUGUCAUCCCAAAACUUUCCAACGAGGGUCGUUGGUAUCACUUAAAAUCUCCUGUUAGAAAUAUCGAGUUCGAUGUCCACAUAUAUUCAGCUGUUACCGCGACACCCAAUGUUCUGGUUGGUUUUAACAACAGUGGAAAUAUCAGAGUAUGGCCAUCCGAAGAAUGUUUGGCAUAUUAUUUGCUAAAGCAUGAAAAGCUGGUUCGAAGCAAAACUGUCUUGGAACUUGGAUCGGGAAUGGUUGGCUUAAGUGGUCUUACGUCGGUUGCACUUGGUUCAGCAGAAGUAGUUUUAACAGAUGGUAAUGAAAAGUCCGUGCAAAACAUCCGACGAAUCGUUGAAAUAAAUAAGUUAAGCAAUCACGUAACCUGCUCUGUGCUACCUUGGAACAUUACUAUACCAAACAAGAAAUUUGAUGUUGUUUUAUGCGCUGAUUGUUUAUUUUUCACGGAGGAGCAUCGUACUUUAUUGAAUUGCAUCUAUAGGCAUUUAAAGCCUAACGGAAUUGCAUACAUUAUGGCGCCAGAUAGAGGUGGUACUGUUCGAACAUUCCUGGAUCUUGUAUACGAGGAACGAAAACGAUGGCAAAGCUACCAAGAAAUCGUCGAUGCUAUCCAUUACUCGUGUAUGCUUAUACAGGACGAAGUUGUUGAGGAGUUGGAGAAAAAAGGUCAAAAAAUGGAAUUUGAUAAAGAAGUGGUCGCGCAGGUGGCUUUCGCUAUAUGUGAUACCUUAUGUGUUACUUGGCCCAGUGAGCUCUUGCAGUUUGCAAAGCAUGCAAGGCGUUCAACUGUCAACAUUUCGGAUUUGAGGCUUCUUUUCCGAAGAAAUGAAAACGUGCUUUCGCUUAUUGGAAAUAUUGCUGAAAGUUCAUUGCUUCCGGCUAGAAAGAGGCAGUCUCGGAAGGGUGCAAACAAAAAUAACAGUAAGGCAAUAGAUAGCACUGUGAAGAUGGAUAAUGAGAAUUCGAAGGAUAUGGAUACGUUGCUGUCUGAGAAUAAAGAUACUCUAAAGCUGACGGAUUUUUGGAACCACCCUUCAACAAGUCGAGAACGAUCAUUGCUAUUAUUUGGAACAUCUUCUAAAUAUAUUUCAGCAACAACUGUUAACAAAAAACUUCCCCCCAAUUCGAUACCUUUGCAAAAGAAAGGGAUUGCUGUAAAAAAAAAACAGACUCCAUCCUGUCGUAAGCAAAAAACAGAUAUUGUUAUCAGGUCGAAGGAAACAGAUAACAGAAGUGAAAGACAAAAUCAAAUAACAAAGCCAGCUUUUCAUUUGAAUGGUUCUGAAUCCAAAGAUAAGCAAGAGCUAGAAUCCCUGGAUGUUAACAUUCCAUGUUAUUCAGGCAAGGAAGAUUUGCAGAGGGAAAAAUCACAGAGCGUUAGCGGUUCUUUGAGUAUCACUAAUCGAAAGAUAAAAGAGUUGGAUUUAUCGAAAGAAAUAAAAAUGAAUGAAAAAAAUCCAACUGUUUCAAUCCUAGAAUUACAUAGUGAAAUACUUAAUGAAAGUUCGACUACAGUUGUUGCCAGUCGUGAAACAUCUCAUACGAGAGCAAAUAAAACUGGUAGGAAUAAGACUGAAUUAAGAACCGGAAAUUUCCCGAGUGGAAAGUCUAACACUCCUCUAUUGAACUCGAUGAGUGGGAAACGGUUCAUGGAUACAUCUUUAAGGAGUAAAUCCAGCGCUGCAGAUGACUGCUUUUCAUCUUUCAAAUUUGAAUCAGAUGACGAAGAUUUGGAUCCGAGUCUUUUACUGACAGAAAAUAAUGAUACAAAUAACAAGAACGCAAUAUCACCAUCAAUCAGUAAUAAUAAGCAUUUUACCGAUAAAUAUGUUACGAUAAAUGAAGAUCAGAACACCAGCGGCGAAGAAAGUGAUAUAGGUCUGGAUGCAACUGUUUUUGAUUUUUAA